AUGGAUACUAGUUGGAUUGAUUUACGCAAUGGGGAUCCUGCUUAUUAUAGUGGUUGCUGGAAAUUCAUGGAACUUGCGAAGGAGACUCUUGUUGAAGGAAAAACACGAUGUCCGUGUAACAAGUGCAAGUUAAAUAAAUGGCACUUCGUAGAAGAAGUUGGAGGACAUACUUUUCUUAACGGUUUUCUUAAAAAAUAUCGAAAUUGGGUUUUUCAUCGUAAAGUCAAUGAAGGGAGAAAUAACUUUGAAACCUCUAGUGGUCUAGGAAAUGCAGUAGGUCAAGAUGACAUAGGAGAGUUGCUAAGAGCAGCUUUUGGUGUUGAGAAUUCAGAGUUGCAUAAUGAAUCGCAUGACAUGCCCGAAGAUGAAGUUUUUAAUGACAUGCAUGAGGAGUUUGAUUUUCAUUGUGAGGUAGAUAAUGAAUUUCCAUCAAGUAACUCAGGUGAAGAAGAUGCUAAGUGUAAACGACUAAUGGAAGCCGCAGAUGAGGUUUUAUAUGAGGGAUGCACUACUUUCUCAAAGUUAUCCUUUAUUUUACACUUGUUUCACCUUAAGUGUAUGUUCCACUGGUCCGCAGGGUCAUUUACUAAAUUUCUUGAACUUCUAAUAGACGCAUUUCCUCAAAUUAAGGAGUUUCCAUCGUCUUAUUAUGAAGGAAAGAAGAUAGUGAACGAUUUGGGGUUAGGAUAUGAGAAAAUCGAUGCAUGUCCAAAUAAUUGCAUUUUAUAUUGGGGUGUAUUUGCAGACAAAGAUGAGUGUCAUGUUUGCCAUACAUCAAGGUGGAAAACAGUGAAAGAAAAGGAGGAUAAUAAAAGUGAGAAAGGAAAUAAAAUAUGUAAGAAGGGCGAGCCAGCUAAAGUAAUGCGAUAUUUUCCUCUUAUAUCUAGGCUAAAGAGACUUUAUAUGUCAUCUAAAACAGCUAAGGAUAUGAGAUGGAAUUUUGAACAUGAAGAUGAUAAGAUCUUAAGGCACCCGUCGGAUGGUGAGGCUUGGAAAAGUUUUGAUAAAAGAUAUGUAGAAUUCGCCGAAGAUCCUCGUAGUGUUAGAUUAGGUCUAGCGAGUAAUGGUUUCAAUCCAUAUCGUCUAAUAAAUACCAAUUAUAGUACAUGA